AUGUUUAAGCCUCAAGACAAACGCGCGAAGUUCGACUCCAAGUCAUCACUCUGUCGUUUCCUGGGAUACGCCGAACACCAGAAGUCAUAUCGAUUUGAGGAAGUGUCAACAGGAGCGAUCAAGAUCAGUCGCGAUGCCACAUUCAUGGAAGACAAGUUUGAUGAAGGUCCGCGCAACUACAACGAUGAGUCAAGUGCCGUUGAGUUUGAUGAUCAAGACGAGGACGAAGAAAAAGAAGAAGGUAAAACUGACGACGACAUGGACUCGAGCGACGAUGACAACGAAGACACCAGGUCUUCGAAGAGCAACAUCAAGAGACACACGCGCACUCAAUCACUUGAGAAAGCUACCGUCAUUCCAAGUCCCAAGCGAAGAACGUACAGAGGUCCGUCGCUUGAGCAUGUGUCAGCGGCUGCAAUGGAUUUUGAAGCAGCCUACAUCGUUGAUUCAGUGGGGGAAACGCCGACUGCAUUCAAGUCGGCGAUGGAAUCAAGCGACUCCGGCAAGUGGAAAGAAGCGUGUGACUCGGAGUUUGACUCGCUUCAGAGAAACGACACGUGGGAAAUCGUGCCUCUUCCGAAAGGUCGCAAGGCCAUCGGGUGCCGAUGGGUUUUUCGUGUAAAGGAGAAUCAAGAUGGCGAAGUUGAACGUUUCAAGGCAAGACUUGUGGCCAAAGGAUUCUCACAGAAAUUCGGAGUUGACUAUGAAGAAACUUUCGCACCGGUGGCCAAGUUCACAUCGAUUCGUGUGGUGCUCAGUAUGGCGGCCAAGUACGGCCUAAUGCUACAUCAGAUGGACGUCAAGACAGGGUUUCUUAACGGCUCCCUCAACGAAGACAUCUACAUGGACCAGCCGGACGGAUACCUGGAUGCAACACAGCCGGACUAUGUGUGCAAGCUAAAGAGAUCACUCUACGGCUUGAAGCAAUCGCCUCGCAUGUGGAACCAAACAAUCGAUGGGUUCAUGAUCAAGAUGGGAUUCAAGAAGUGCGAAUCGGACCACUGCAUCUACAUCAAGCGAGACGACCAAGACAUGAUUCUCGUGGUGCUCUACGUCGAUGAUCUCAUCCUGGCCAGCAGCAACAACGAACUCCUCAAGUCGACCAAGAUGGCGCUGAGCAAACGCUUCGAAAUGACGGAUCUCGGUGAGCUCGAUUACUUUCUCGGCAUGGAGAUCAAGAACGACCGUAAGACGGGAAUGGUGACUGUGCAACAAACCAAGUUUCUCAAGUCCGUGUUGACCAAGUUCGGAAUGGAUAACAGCAAGCCAGUGAAGACGCCUCAAGAUCCCGGCCUGAAGCUAACCAAGAACAUGUGUGAACAAGAAUGCAAGCACGAAGACACCAUGUGCAACGUGCCAUAUCGAAGUGCUGUCGGAGGCAUCAUGUAUCUCAUGGUCGCCACACGUCCGGAUCUAGCUGCUGCAGUGGGAUCAUUAUCCCAGUUCUCGUCCGACCCAUGCCCGACUCACUGGCAAGCUUUGAAGCGUGUGCUGAGAUACCUGCAAGCAACGCCCAAUCAUGGUCUUGAGUUUACACGUGAAGAAGGAAGCCGUAUCUGCGGGUACACCGACGCAGACUGGGCCGGCGACAUUGAGUCAAGACGAAGUACAAGCGGCUAUGUGUUCAUGAUGAGCGGAGGAUGCAUCAGCUGGAAAAGCCAGAAACAACGGACGGUCGCGCUAUCUUCAACAGAAGCAGAAUACAUGGCGCUUUCCGAAGCAACCAAAGAAGCAGUAUGGCUCAAGGUGCUUUUGGGGGAACUUGGUGAGAUGACAAGCGACGAAGCGAUCAAGAUGUAUGAAGACAACCAAGGAUCAAUCGCUCUCGCCAAGAACCCGGAGUUCCAUAAGAGAACAAAACACAUCGACAUACGCUACCAUUUUGUGCGUGAGAAGGUGGAAUCAGGUGAAGUCGUUUUGGAGUAUUGCCCGACUCAAGAUAUGCUGGCAGACAUGAUGACCAAGCCGAUCGCCGCUGUACAAUUUGAAAACAUUCGCGAUCGACUUGGGAUCCAAGGUGCCGCAGCUAACGAGUCGAGAGGGAGUGUUGAAAAGACAGCGGCUGUGAAGAAGACACCUCGUCAAGCUGCGUCAAGUGUUGAAGCAAGUGGAAGACCAAGCUUCGCUAUACCGGUGGGUACCGGUAUGUACCAGUAA